AUGGUUGAGAAACAGUUUUCUAAAAGCAUUAAAGUGUUUCAAAGUGAUGGAGGGGGUGAGUUUUCUAGCAUUGUAGGAAGCCUGCAAUAUUUGACACUGACCAGACCUGAUAUAACUCAUGCUGUCAACCUUGCUAGCCAGUUCAUGCAGAAUCCCAACUCUGUGCACUUUCAGGCUGUCAAGAGGAUACUAAGAUAUACUGUAUGGCUUCUCAGAUGCAGAUUGGGCAGGGUGUGCAACAACAAGAAAGAUCCACCACUGGCUACAGCAUAUAUGUUGGUGCAAAUUGUGUAUCCUGGUCCUCUAGGAAGCAAAACACGGGCAAGGUCAAGUGCAGAGGCUGUGGCAAGGUCAAGUGCAGAGGCUGAAUAUAGAGCCUUAGCUGCUACAGCAGGUGAACUCACAUGGAUAACUUAUAUUUUGCAGGAUAUUGGAAUCUACCUCAAGUCUGCUCCUACACUGUCUAAGAAGCCCAAACACAUAUGUAGGAUCAAGCAUGGUUCUAAGAAGACAUAUAGAAUAAUCAAGACAGACUUAACCACAGAGUUUUAA